CCAUAAUUAAUAAAAUUAAAUCCCAACCCAAGCAUACAACUGCAAGACUUCAUGAUACUGUAAGUUCAUACUGCGUAGAUCGGAACAAAAAUUAAUAAUUUUUAAUCUGGAGGUAGCCGUGGUUAACUAUGACAUUGGGACGUCAUACACCUCAGUCCCCCCCGUGACCAUGGGUGCUGUAAAGUGCUUGAAACGUCGGGAAUGAAAAAUAAGUUAAUAUACGCGAUAAAAUCCGUAAAAUUAGUUUCAUUUAAAAACGGUUAAAUUUUUAUCGACUCUAGUUAAUUAAAGAAUUAAGUUAUCUGUUAUAUUAUUAUGCUCUGUCAAAUUUAGUUUGAUAAUAUUGACAGCUCACUGUAGGGAUGGGAUGGUGUAUAAUUGUUAAUGAAUCUAUUCGAUUAUUAUUCUCAUAGAACUUUCAAUCAAUAGUUGCAUGUUUGUUCUGUAUGGAUUUGCAAUUUUGAACUUUCUUAUCUAUUGAAUUAGUAAUAAAUUAUUAAUACGAUAAUAGAACCCCUUCUACAAUAACGAAUUCGCCUCGUGCAUAUUUUUAUUUGGUCAGUCAGACUAUUUAGUAGAAUAUGUGUGAGUCAACUAAUUUUACGGUGAGAUGACGGAGAUGGUGCAUGCUCUGAUUUCAAGCCUAUAAACGCUGGUGUUCCACAAGCUGUGUCUUCUACAUAUCAAUAAUAUGUUGCUAACUGGUAGCAUUCAUUGCUAUGCGGACGACAGAACUGGUGAUGCCUUAUAUGCCGGCCGUGCCAAUAUUUCUCGGGAAAACGUCGCCGAGUACCGGGACAAACUUGUGUCUGAAGUAGAGUCUUUGCUUAACAAAGUCUCGGAUUGGGGGCGACUAAAUCUAGUCCAGUUCAAUCCUCAGAAGACACAAGUUUGCGCGUUUACCGCUAAAAAGAACCCCUUUGUCGUAUCUCCUCAGUUUCAAAGCACUCCCCUUGCUGCCUCAGGUAGUAUUGGAAUCCUUGGCGUCGACAUAUCGAAUAGUGUGCAGUUUUGUGGUCACUUGGAAGGGAAGGCCAAAUUGGCCUCUAAAAAGCUUGGCGUGCUCAGCAGAGCGAGACAGUAUUUCAUGUUGGCACAUCACUUGCAACUUUACAAAGCGCAAGUUCGGCCCUACAUGGAAUACUGUUCUCAUCUCUGGGCCGGGGCACCCCAUUGCCAGCUCCUUCCACUUGACCGCAUCCAGCGCAGAGCGGUUCGAAUCGUCGACGACCGAGUUCUUUCUGAUCGGCUCCAUACACUGGCACUGCGUAGAGAAUACGCAAAGAGAUGCAACAUCUCUUUAAAUUAAUGAGCCAAUUCCAAUACAAAUUUACAUGAUUUUUAUAUAUUUGAUUUAUUUCAAAACCGAUUUUUGAUAGUCUAUGGUUGUUUGUUAUGGCAUGGCAUAGUUUAGUGUGGCACAUCAUUAUCGUAAGUGAGCGGUGCCCAUCCAUGAAGUACAACAAUAUCUGUAUGACCAUUUAUCUAAAAAAGGACGAAACUUCAUAGGCGUGAGUUGUCAAAAUUAUCAAGCUAAAGGAGAAUGGGAUGUUUGGGCCUGUAGUUAACUAAUUGGUUUAUACUUUAAAAAAUUGGCUAUAUUUUUCUAGAGUUAAAUACAAAAAACUAGCAAUUUUUACAAUCUAGAUUUCGAAAAAACAAUAAAAUAAGAAAUAAAAUAGAUUGUAUCCGAUGCAAUCGAUUUUAUAUUUAUUUAGAUCCAAAAAAAAUAAUUAAAAAGCUUCCAUCCAAGGUCUCAUUAAAAUUCUAUUAUUUUCUUUGAAUGAUAUAUUUAUUUGGAAAUAAAAUAUAUUAUUCCCAUAAAGAAGAAAGAAGUAAACAUUUUAUGGCAAUAAAUCGAGUACCACAAAGAAUACACUAUUGAAAUUCUCGUUUCUGAACGCUACCUACCACUAGUACUCCUUAUUAGUUUGUGUUACAUACCUAUAAAGGACUUCUUCUUCUUUUAAAUUAUCUUCUCAUUUUGAAACUUGACAAUUCAAAGUUCAAAACUAUUCACUUAAAAGAAAGACUGAUUUUCGAUUUGAUUUGAAAUGAGCACUCGAUUCUUGAUUAAGUUCACCACUUUAAUAUCUAUUUUUGAUUUAUUUCUCUGUUGUUAACCAGGGAGAUAAAGAAAUAUUGUGAACAUUAUCUACAAAACAAUAAUAAAAACACAAACAUACCAACAAAUAACAGUAACAACAACAAUUCAAGUAAUCAAUCUCAGAUCAAUAUGCCUAAUAUUCACUUCAAUUAGUUGUUGUAGUUUUAACUUUCGUUAAUCGUUUCACCAUUUUAUUUCCUAAAAUAAUCACAGAUAUUCUUUAGUGAUUUUAUACUGAUCCUGCUUUUAAAUUUUUUAAGUACCUAAUUAUAGUGAAAAAUAGGUAAAAGUAGGUAAUACAUAAAAUCACUUUUAUUUAUUCUACAAUAACUCAGUUCCUAGAUUGACAAAUCUUGCCAGAUUUUCAGCAAUGAAUUGUUUAUAUAUAAGCUUUCAAAUGGACUUUCAUCUUGUUAACAUCUGGGCCCAAGCAUGUAUGGAGUGGAGAAGUCUUCUUCUCCUUUGACAGAGUAGUGUGCGACUAAGCGUGCUGACGUCAUAUAGUGUGUUUUGUACAGUAAAAAAAUUGUACCCAAAAAUAAUAGAAUCUUUUUUUAACUAUGCAAACUCGUGCUCGACUAUUAUUCUACCUGAUGGUAAGUGGUGAUGCAUCCGAAGAUGGGUAAAGCGGACUGGCUUGUGAUAUUUGAUUUUAUUUAUGAUAUUAUAGAACUACUUUCAAUAAAGCGCGUCGUUACUUUACUUACAAAACUAAAAUGGGUAAAAAAGGCAUGAUUCACGGUAAAUAUAGGCGCUCGCAGGGUAAAUUAAAGGGAAGCGGGUGGAGUAAGAUUUCACGCCAGUCUCAAGAUAACGCGACGUGUAGUACACUAAAUCGAAAGCGUAAUUAUAUUAGAGUCGUGUGAUGGCAUAAGACAUCCUAUUCUAUUCAGUGGCGUAAGAGGCGACUAUGGAAAGUGACAGUAACCAUUUAGUGUAGUUAUUGUUUACACCAGACGUAAAAAAUUCAGAUCGGCGACAGUGCCGAAGGUGUAAAACGUCUGGUGAUGUAAUCGCCAACUACCGGCCAAGCAAUGCCAUUAAGGCAGUUGCUCCCUACAAUGGGAGAGAGCUAUCAUUUAGUGAAUUAUUAAGGAUAGAUUUAAGGGCAUAAUUAGUAGUUAUGUAUUCUGGAAGUAGCUGUAACAUCAUAAUCACCCGUUGAACCCAAAUUAUAAUGACAAAGUGUCGGAUAUUUACAAGUAGUCAUGUUGUGAAAUUUCACAUGUUGAUCAUGAAUUGUCCAGACUAAGAUUUUAAUAUUAGAUUAUUCAUAAAUGUUUAAACGGUAUUGCUGGUCAAAUAUUAAUUGUAUAGGUGUUUUCAGUAAACAGACUUGUUUUGCUUGCAAUUUAGUAUAGUCAUAGUAAUAUUGUAAACACCUAUUAUGGAAGUCAGUAUCGCAUAAUUAGUCUUAGUACUUAAUAAGUUCAUUAUUGUAAUGUGAAAUAGUAACAAAUAUCAUUGAGACAUUUCGAAAACUUUUAGCACCACAUCCGGAACUUAACUAAGUACACCUAGUCUAAAUAUGAAAUGAUACUCUCAAUUUGUUUAUGAUAUUGUGGAAAAAAAGUUGAAAUUCAAUUACAAUAAUAUUAAUAUUUCUUUUGCAGAAAUCAUAAGCCUGCGUAACUUAUUAUACAUUGUAAUUCAAUUUGAUGCACCUUCCAGAAGGUGAAUGAAACAGUCGCAUAGAUGAAUAUUUAGAUUUAAGCUUUCCAAGAUUCCUGUUCCACCUUGGGUUUGAAGUGAUAAUUAGUGAUUAGUGCAGUUAUGUUAGGUAACAUAAAUAUGUCAUAUAAAACAGACUCUCACAAUAUUAUUUAUUUCAUCCUGAUCUGUAUGAAUCUUGUUUAUUGCUAAGUGAUUGUGGACUUAUGAAAUCUUUAUUUUUAAUUUACCAAAAAUGAAAAUUGAAUAAAUCAUUUAAUUAAGUG